GGGAGGAGGAAGAGAAGACAGAGGAACAACCACAGGCACAGCAAGAAGAAAAACCAGAGGACGAGCAGGAGGAAGAGGAGGAAGAAGAGGAGAACGUGACAGAGCAGAAAGAGGAGAGCAUAGAUUCAGAUGAAGAAGAAUGCAUGAUCAUUGAGCCAGGAUCCAGUAAAACAACAUGUAAAGCUGAGGAGGGGGAAUGGCCUAAGAGAGCGGACUACUCCAGCUACCAUCAGAUCCUAGCCAACUCUCUACUGUACCUGGGCAGGGUCCCCGACACCGCAGAGACCACCUCACAGGCGCACGUUACCAUGGAGACAGAGAAGGAUAUCACAGCUGUGGAGCACGCCACUGUGGCAGUGGAACACCUAGUAGAGGAGGAGGAGGAGGAAGAGGAGGAAGAGGAGGAGGAGGAAGAUGAGAUUGAGGAGACUAGGGAGGCUGUGACACAGAGAACCUUUGAGCACCCGUAUUUCACUGGAGACAUUCACCAGCAGCAGGACAAGGCUGAGGAAGACGAGGAGGAGGAAGAGUAUGAAGAGGACAGGAGAGAAGCAGAGCACCAGCCACAGGAGAUCCUGGAUGAAGAGGAGGAGGAAGAUGACAUUGAGGAGGUGGAUGAGAGAGUGCACCAUGUCGUCCUGCCCACCUCUAACUCCAUUAGCAGCAAUGCAACAGCUCAGGGACCAGCCACACAGGGGGACAGAACUACAGAGCACUACAUGCCCAAAAGGACCAGCCUCCUCGAAAACUACAACACCCACAGGACCAGCCUCCUGGAGAACUACAACCCCCACAGGACCAUUCCACUGGAGAACUACAAUCCCCACAGAGUCAGCCCCUUACAGCACUACAUCUCCCAUAAGGCCUCAGCAGCCUCUGACAUAAUCGAGGUGCGCUCAGAGGAUUCGGGGAAGGACUAUGAAGAUGAAGAUGGUGAUGAGGAGGAGGAGGAGGAGGAAGAUGAUAGUUUGUCUCAGAGGUGGACGGAUGAGUCAGAAACGUAUGAUAUGACCCGGGGAAAUCUGGGGCUCCUGGAGCAAGCCAUCGCCCUGAAGGCAGAACAGGUGAAAGGGCCUCACGACCUCCUCCUCCUCCGUCACCCCGCUGUCACCCCGGAGCUCCACCACCGCUAUUUCGGCAUGGACGACCGGCCCAAACACCUGAACGCCAUGCGAAACAGCUGCUUCAGCAGCAAAGCUGUCUCUACAGAGGGCAGCAGGCCAGAGAAGAGGGAGAUCAAAUGCCCCACCCCUGGCUGUGACGGGACUGGUCAUGUUACUGGACUCUACCCCCACCACCGCAGCCUGUCUGGUUGUCCACACAAGGACAGGAUCCCUCCUGAGAUCCUGGCCAUGCAUGAGAACGUGCUGAAGUGUCCUACUCCAGGCUGCACUGGACAGGGUCAUGUUAACAGCAACCGUAACACCCACCGCAGUUUGUCAGGAUGCCCCAUCGCAGCCGCAGAGAAGCUGUCCAAGAGCCUCAACCUUGACAAGCAGCAUCUCUCCCAGCCAAUCAGAGAGCACCUCAAAGAAAGUCCCAACAACAAUGACCGAGUCCUCAGGCCCAUGUGUUUUGUGAAGCAACUGGAGGUGCCUCAUUAUAGGCAGUACAGGCCCAACAUGAUACCCGCCACACCUCGUGCCAGCCUGGCCAAGGAGCUGGAGAAGUACUCCAAGGUCUCCUUUGAUUAUGCAAGCUUCGACUGUCAGGUGUUUGGAAAGCGUGUGCUUGCAUCAAAUAUACCGACCAGUGAAACCUCACCCAAAGCCUUCAAAUCUAAAGUCUCGUCCCCAAAGUCUUCUUCUCCCAGCCUCAGCCUGCAUGGAGGUUAUGGAAAGACUGCCUCCUCUUCUGCCUACAACUACUCCCAUGAAGCCCAGGCAGCCCACAUGGCCGCUACAGCCAUCCUCAACCUGUCCACGCGCUGCUGGGAGAGGCCUGAGAACCUGAGCACCAAGCACCAGGACCUGGCCAGCAAGGACAUCGGGGUGGAUGAAAAUGGCACUCUGGACCUGAGCAUGAAGAAGCCCGUCAAACGUGAGGGUACCAGCCCAGGGUUGUGUUCCCCGGACCCCUCCUCCUCCUCUUCCUCCCUGCACCACGGAGGCAGCAGUGGCAUGACCUCGCCCCACACAGGCCACGCCUACAAACAGGAACAGUGGGAGGAGCCUCUGGACUACACGAAACCCAACCGCCAGCGAGAGGAGGAUGUAGAGCUGGAGCACCACACAGCGCGGUCGUUUGCCUCGUCCGACCCUGAGGACAUGGACCUGAUGCAGGACUACCCCCAGGAGAGGAAGUACCCUGGAGAGGUCACCACCCCAAACUUCAAGGUCCAGUUCCAACAAGCCAAGGACUGCAAGAAAGACCUGCUCCUGUGCCCCACUCCUGGCUGUGACGGCAGUGGCCACAUCACUGGAAACUAUGCAUCCCAUCGCAGUCUGUCUGGCUGUCCUCUUGCUGAUAAGAGUCUUCGUUCCCUAAUGGCGGCCCACUCUGCUGAGCUCAAGUGCCCCACUCCAGGAUGUGAUGGUUCAGGACAUAACACUGGAAACUACGCCUCCCACAGAAGUUUGUCUGGGUGCCCCCGUGCCAAGAAAGGUGGAUUAAAAACAUCUCCCACCAAGGACGACAAGGAGGACUCCGAGCUCUUAAAAUGCCCCGUGCCAGGCUGUGACAGCCUGGGUCACAUCAGUGGGAAGUACGCCACUCAUCGCAGUGCCUAUGGGUGCCCGCUAGCUGCCCGCAGGCAGAAGGAGGGGAUGCUCAACGGUAACCCAUUCUCCUGGAAGGCCUUCAAGACGGAGGCCCCCAACUGCCCCACCCCCGGCUGUGAUGGAUCAGGACACGCCAACGGCAGCUUCCUCACACACCGCAGUCUCUCUGGCUGUCCCAGAGCCUCCUUUGCCAGAAAGAAAGCCAAGAUCCCUGGAGAUGAAUACCUGAGCACCAAGUUCAGGGCCAGCGACGUUCUGAACAAUGACGAGGACAUCAAGCAUCUCAACAAGGAGAUCAAUGAGCUCAACGAGACCAACAACGAGAUGGAGACAGACAUGGUGAACCUGCAAACACAGAUCUCAUCCAUGGAGGAGAACCUGAAGAACAUUGAGGUGGAGAACAAGCUGAUUGAGGAGCAGAACGAGACGCUCUUCAUGGAGCUAUCUGGCCUCAGCCACGCCCUGAUCCGCAGCCUGGCCAACAUCCGCGUCCCACACAUGCAGGAGCCAAUCACUGAGCAGAAUUUCGACAGAUACGUGAGCACCCUGACUGACAUGUACACCAACAAGGAGUGCUUCCAGAACCCGGAGAACAAGGCUCUGCUGGAGAGCAUCAACAAGGCUGUGAAGAGCAUCAAGGUGUGAAAACCUCCACGGGGAAGAAGAGUGAAAACACCUAAAAGGAGAGAGUUGGCGUCAAGAGACUAGAGUAUAUUUAAAGAGAAUACGAAUACAAAAAGGGCAUUCAGGUUUUAUAAAUGGCAACUUAAAUUAAACCCAGGGAGCAUUCUGUAAAGAAGAAAACGUAACUAGGACCAAAAUCCAAACAUGCUGCUGCUGGGAUCGGAAGGAGGAAGUGGAAUGGAACCAAAUCCUUCGGGUUUGAAUUGAUGUUUUGUUUCUUUGUUUUAUGUUACCUUCAUCGUUUUCAUGUAUGUCCUGUUUGGGAGGCAUCUCUGUUUGGGAGGCAUCUCUGUUUGGGAGGCAUCUCUGUUUUGGAGGUAUCUCUGUUUGGGAGGCAUCUCUGUUUGGGAGGCAUCUCUGUUUGGGAGGCAUCUCUGUUUUGGAGGUAUCUCUGUUUGGGAGGCAUCUCUGUUUGGGAGGCAUCUCUGUUUUGGAGGUAUCUCUGUUUGGGAGGCAUCUCUGUUUGGGAGGCAUCUCUGUUUUGGAGGCAUCUCUGUUUGGGAGGCAUCUCUGUUUUGGAGGCAUCUCUGUUUUGGAGGCAUCUCUGUUUGGGAGGCAUCUCUGUUGUAUCUCUGUUUUGGAGGCAUCUCUGUUUUGGAGGCAUCUCUGUUGUAUCUCUGUUUUGGAGGUAUCUCUGUUUUGGAGGUAUCUCUGUUUCGGAGGCAUCUCUGUUUCGGAGUUAUCUUUUUGACUGUCCCAAUUCAUACUGUAAUUCAAGGUUUAGUUCAGCAACAAUUUGGAGAAGAAAGAAAGAAAGAAUGAAGGAUAGAAGUAGUGGUAUGAUGCCAGAUAAGACAGAUGGUAUGACCUGCCGACAUGAGGUGAAGAAAACACACUGGAAAACUGUCCACAUUGUGUCCCAGAGAAGAUACGAAGGCUUCAGAAAUGUUGUUCUGGGGCAGGAUAAGGUGAGAGUGCUUGUGGAUGAGUGGGUACUGUGUGAUACUGAGCACUACAGCACUCCUAUUGUGUAGAAGUGAAUGGAGAAUCCCUGAACUCUGGGGUCUUCUUGAGCAAUGGUUCAUGUGCUUAGUGUUGUCACUGCAGCAAGAUGUCAACAUGACUCCAUGUCUUGUCUCAAUUCAGAGGAAAACAGCUCUUCAAGCGAAUCACUGGUUUCUUUUUCCUCUUUUGAAAAUCAACAACCUUCUGUAUAUAUCUGAUGGAAGAUCUGAGAGCAACAGAUACAGCCUUCUUUCUUUGAGCUGAACAGUAAUGGUAAUGGAGUGCACACUUGUCUAUUCCUGUUAGUUUGUGGUACAAUAUUUAUUGUUAUAGAAAUUAUUUACAUUUGUGAAUACGCAAAUUGUAAUGUAUUGUCAUUUUAUGUGUAUUUAUUUGAUUUGGUCUAUUUAUUUUAAAAAAAAUGUAAUGUAUAUUUAGUAAAUCAAACGAUGCAACCCUGCUGGUCGAUCAUGCCAUAAAGAUUCAAAAUAGGGAGUCUUCUACAUCAAUAUUUAAAAAGCUAUUUAGACAACUGUCCACACUUGAUUAUUUUAUAUAUCUUAUUUUAUUUUAAAUCAUUUGUAAACAUUUUUAAUUGCAGAUAUUUUAUAAAUGACAAUGUUUUGAUAAUUUUAUAAAGGUUUUCUCCUUCAUUUAUGUUAUUUCUUUUAUCUGUAUCUUCAGAUACCCACGACUUAAAAAGAAAGUAUGUAUUUAUUAUUUAUUUCAUAUUAAAUAUUGAUAUGAUUGUA